UCUGUAAUGGCGGACAAAGAAUAUUGUUUCGUCAAUGUUCACAGUGGGAACUUCAGGGUAGAUAACAGAAUCUGAGAGUUAGAUCAAGUACUGCGUUAACCUUCAUCCGAAAGUUCGACUAUAGCACAAGGUUACAUCACAACAUUGGAAAACAGAGGAGCAAGAAAUGUCCAUAAUGGAAGGAACGUUGUGGAAAUGGACCAAUUACUUGAGUGGUUGGCAGCCGAGAUGGUUUGUUCUAGAAGUUGGUGUGCUAGCAUAUUACAAAUCACAAGAAGAAGUUGGUCUUGGGAGCAGAGGAUCUGUCAAAAUGACUUGUUGUGAAAUUUCAGUCCAUCCUACAGAUACCGUCCGAAUUGACCUUAAGAUCCCGCCUGACCAGUACAUUUACCUUAGGGCAGCUACACCUGCUGAACGGCAACAGUGGUUAGUAGCACUGGGAACAGCAAAGGCAUGCCUUACGACAAUGAAGCAUAAUGGCCACUCAGAAAUGCCUGGAGAAACCAUGAAUCAGUUGAAAGAGAAGAUGCAAGAGCUGAACAUGUAUCGCAGUUUGUUACUGCAACAAAUUAGCACCAUUAAGUUACUCUGCACCAACAAAGAAGAUAAUCAGGAAUUUGGUGAAGCAGCUACAAUGCUGUCUGCAACUUGUGAUGAGUUUCUCAAAAACAUGUGUGACUGUAUGGAUUUAGCAGAAAGUAACUUUGGAAGCUCCUCUUCGUCACCUUCAUCACCGUCCCCUACCAUGAGUAAGACCUUGUCACUGACAAAGCACAGUGGAUUUAGAAAGCAACUACUCCAUGAAGGCCACAGGUCUUCAUCACCCCCGCCGUCACCUACCUCAAGUGUUGCGAGCACAUUAAGUUCUACCUUCAAUGGACCACCAAGCUUAUCAACAGUAAGCGACCAAUUGGCCCAAACUGAGAGAACAACAUCACCUGCCGCCAAGCAUCUGUCAACCCAGACUCCUGAUCAAAUUGUUGGGGAUCGCUCCUUGACAAACUCUGCUGAGAGCAUUGACCGCAGGCAUUUGCAAGCUAGCGGGGUGACAAACAACUCUGCCCUCCACCACAAGGCAAAGUACAUUGAAUCGUCUCGGAAUUCCCUCGAUUCACAGUCAUCAACUUCCAAUUCAGAGGAAAUGAAGGAGGAGCCAUUGACCUUCUUCACUGCUGCAAAAUUUAGGUUUGAAAGUAUCCAGAUUGGUACAGAUAAUGGUGUCCCCACAAAACCAUUUCUUUCAUCGUGUUCGUGUAUAAUCCCAUUUAUGGACGUCCUCGGGUCAACAGCAUUUGCUCCCGUGAAGUUGGAUAUCAGUGGCAAUAUAAAAAAACUCGAAGCCAAACACGCCACAGACCCGAAAGCUUUUGUCACGCUACAAAAUAUUGUUUACCAAGAACUCAAAAGCAACACUUGCACAGUGAAAAAUUCAGCAACAGAUGCGUUACUGUGGCUGAAAAGAGCUUUAGAGUUCAUGCAAGUGUUUCUCAGCGAAGUGGUUCGAGGAGAAAAAGACCUCGCCGUAGCAGCAGGCACAGCAUACGGUAAGACGCUUCGAAGAUAUCAUGGUUGGGUCGUCAGAGGAGUUUUUGCGUUGGCGGUUAAGGCAGUGCCGUACCGAUCAGACCUCCUAACUUCCCUCGGGACCACUGACAAGGGCGUGGCUCCUCACAAGGAUGUCAUACGAGACAUGAGGAUGUGCGUCGAGGGACUGGGACGAAUAACGAAUAUUAUAAACCAGUUUUACCGGAAACAUAAACUCGACUCAGAGGACACUGUGUGAUGGCGUCACGCUAAUUGAAUCAUAAACCCUGAUGGGCUGGUAUAAAAAUUACGGCUGUCGUGACUCUGUCACGCUUUGUAAUCCAGUCACGCACACUUGCAGAGUUUUGUAUGUAUUGUUAUCUGUACAUUGAGUAAGGAACCGAAUUAAAAAAAAAUCUAUUUUAAUUUUAAUUUAUUACUAAACGUAAUUGUGUCAAUAUUUAAGUCUUCCUGGCGUUAAAGGAAAAUAAUAUAAAUGGUACAAAAACUUAAUUUCUUUACAAUAUUCGCAAUGAUACAUUUACGGUAAAAAGUUGUUCUUUACAGAUAAUAUAAUCUUCGUUUAAAUCCGUUGACAAGUUAAAUGAAAUUUAAAUAGCAGUAGAUAUAUUUUUUGGGGUAAUAUGUUAGGGCUGAAGAGUUGUAACAUAACCGAAUAGAAUGUGAAAUAUGAAGCCUAGAUCGAUAAAAAAAAAAACCCGUAUAAUUUUAAACAGUUUUAUACACAAGGUGAAAAGAAGAAUCAGUAAAUUGGCGUUCUAAAUCAAAAAAUGAAUUGAAAUUGAAAAUGAAUUUUUCACAGUUAACAAGCUCUUUAGUUCCCAAACUGGUGAUCAGUAUCUUUAUUCUUCUCUUAAUAUCCAUGCAUUGUAAAGCAGGAAGGUGAUGAGAAUUAAGAAAUUCAUCAACUGGAGGGAUUGCCUUGAUGAAACAAACAAUUCUCGCAACUAACUUGAAAAGUAAUGUAUGAUAUUUGGUCAGGAGAAUUAGUUGAUUGAGCGUGGGACUAAAACGACUAGCAUACAGAAAGAUGUUAUGUUGUGUUUGUUUUACUCUCACAAACAAUUUAAGGGACAAGUUUUUGUUCAAAGCAGGAAAGAGUUGUCGCUCUUUGGUAAGAAACCAAGAAUGAAACGCAAAUCAACCCAACAACGCAUUUCAGAAUAAGCUGGACCACGAAAAAUUCAAACGCUGACCAAUGAUAGGCUUUCUAUGGAGUUUGAUUGAAAACAACUGGAGGCGAAGUUUUGCGAGUAAGACUGACAAUGUAACUCGGUAAUAUUCGGUUGCUUUCGUAACUGUGGUUGACGGCACCGUACAGCGGACGUUGCGUCAGUUGUGCAUGCGUGGCUGUGUUCGCUCCCUGGUCUUUACGCAAUGCAGAUUUCGCAAUGCGGUCACUUCAGUGUUUAAAAAUAUCUUUUAUUUUUCGCCAUAUCAGCAUUAUUUUCGCUGAAAAGUCAUUAUUGGUCAGCAUCUCAUUCGAAAAUUUUGAGAAAUCCGUACUGACUUUUGUAAAACUGCAUCUUUCUUGCCUUUAUAAGGCUGUAUAUUACCAAGAUAAUAAAGAUGUUUAACGAUCAGUGAUUGUUUUUA